AUGUCCAGGAUCAGUAGCGACGAGCAAUUUCAGUUUCUGAUCAGCUGUCUUCGACACACAGUCAACGGCAAAGUCGAUUUUGCAAAGGUGGCCGGCGAGUGCAAGAUUGUCUCCCGGGGAGCAGCAUACAAGCGCUACGAGCGGCUUAUGAAGGCACACGGCAUAAAUACUUCAGCUAUGGCCCCCAAGCUUGACUCUCAAGGUACCGGUCCUCGCAUCCCGGACUGCCCCAAGGCUCGAGUCCGGUCGGGGAGGAAGAAGAAACGCGGCCCCAAGCCUGCCCAUGCCGAGAUAUCUGACUGGUCCUGUUUGAUCCUCAAGGAUGAUCCGUCUCUCCCUUCUAUUGAGGCAGUACGUGCUGCGGAGACCAUCCCUGGCGAAUAUGUCAACGCCAUCGUGCGUGCCGACAAGAUUCUGGCCUCGUGGAUCCCCCUGUCACAGGGCGAGAAUGAUGAGCCAAAGGAAGAGGAUACAACACCAAGUGCCUCGGAAUUUUAUGAGAUUUACUGUGCUGUCAAAGAGCGAGACGAGGAGCUGUACAUACAGGAACACCAAGAAUCUAUGUCUUUGGGAAUGGAGCUGGAGGGCGAAAAAGCCGGACUUUUGGGCGAGGUUGAUUUUGAGAGCGAGGAAAAUACGGAAGUUGGAGACAUGGAAUGCUUUGGAGACGUGAAUAUGGAGGAUGCAGAGUCCGAUGACAGAUCCGAUGGCAGAGACGCUGCUUGA